CCAGGGGAUUGGUUCGGUGCCAUGUCAGUAUAGGCGCCCACCCUCCGAGUGUUUCAGAUUGAGUUGGAAGUGUUUGAGACAGUAGGCUAGACACCAAGACAUAGGGGGUGGGGAGGCACCUCAUAAUCGUCGUUGACACACACCGCAGGCGAAGCGACACCUGCGACCGGAGAGGCAAAAGUCAUUUAGCUAGCUGACAACUUGCGCGGCGAUGGAGGAGGAAAUAGUGCCAGCAGACGACGGUCUCUCGGCUUCCAAGAUAUGCCGCCAGCAGCGCAGUCUUUACAGCGCGCUCAAGACGUUCCCGAACAAGCGGGCAGCUGGCAAGGCGAGGUUUGACAGACCCACAAUGGUGGAUAUCCCGCAUCUCGGAGACGCAGGAGGGCAGCAUCCCCAUCCGUCUUUCAGUCAUUAUAAUCAGUAUUCACAUCAGCAGCAGCAGCAACGCCUGCAGUUUCAUCAAGCCACUGUCACUAUCAGUAGCAGCCAACAGCAGCCUCAGACGUCGUACCGUUUCCCCUGCGAAAACAGGCCCAGUAGCAGCAGCGUCGCGACAUCUACCUCAGCAUCAGCAGGAAGCGGAACGGCGGCGGCAUCCCUUGGUAGCCAGCGGAAGAUCGGCUGUGGUGGUGGAGGCGUCGGAGCAGGGUUGCACCCCGACUCCAGGCACUCAGGGCGAGCCGAGCUUCGUCAGGAGUCUCCAGACUGCAGUUAUGGAAUGAGCAACGAGAAUCGGCUCAUUCUGGACGCAUUUGCCCAGCAGUGCAGUCGCGUGCUCAGCCUCCUGAACAGCAAUGGGCGCUUCAUGGAGCCCCACGGCUCGCUGCCCGCACCCUUCCCCUCCUCCCACAUCAAGCAGGAGGACCUGGAGAGGCCACCGGGCAGCAGUGGGCCCUCCCCCGCGGCCAAGCCUCGGCCCGUAGAGGCCCCCGGGCUGGACCCCGGGGACGUGGAGGCCCAGCGCGUGGCGGGCAGCACCUGGAGCCAACAGCAGACCUCGGCCUUCCUGCGCGUCUUCACCGAGUCCCUGCAGAGCUACCUGCUCACCGGGCCGCCGCCGGAGGGGGAACACUGCCGGCCAGCGCACCUGGAGCCCCCUGCCCCCGCCGGCAGUGCUGCCUCCCCCCGGCACAGCAUGGGCGGCUGGGCCUCGCCGUCUCCGUCCGAGUCCUACGGCCACCCGUCGUCCACGCUGCCCGAGGAGGAGGAGGAGGAGGAAGGCUGCUGUCCACGCUGCAUCGAGCUGGAGCAGGAGGUGCUGUGCCUGCAGCAGGAGAACGAGGAGCUGCGCAACAAGCUGGAGAGCGUGCCAGCCCCCUGUCAGAGCGUACUGGACUUCUUUAAGGCAGUGUUGCAACAACACAACCAGCUCCUCCAGCCCCCGCCCGAGGAGCAGUUGACAGAGGGUAGCAAACAGCUGUUGGGGAACUACCCGCUCUUUAUCACCAACAAGCAGUGGGACGAGGCUGUGAACUCUUCCAAAAAAGAUGGCCGCCGCCUGCUCCGCUAUCUUAUUCGGUACGUCUUCACCACGGACGAACUGAAGUACUCCUGCGGCCUGGGCAAGAGGAAACGCUCUGUCCAGACGGGGGAGAUCGGGCCCGAGAGACGACCUCUGAACCCGGUCAAGGUCACCUGUCUCAGAGAGUUCAUCCGAAUGCACUGUGCGUCCAACCCAGACUGGUGGAUGCCCUCUGAGGAGCAGAUUAACAAAGUGUUCAGUGACGCAGUGGGUCACGCACGUCAGGGACGAGCGGUGGGCACCUUCCUGGCCAACGGGGGCAGCGGGAGCAGCAGCAGCAGUAGCAGCCUCUACAUGGAGGGUUUUGAUGGCCAACUGUCCCAAGACGAGCUCUUCCUGAAGCCGCCACAGAAUGGGCUCGGCGACUAAGACAGGCUCGUUGACUAAGACGUUUGCUUUGGUUGACCCCAAGACUUUCUUUAAAAGACAGCCCCACACAGUAAGGACACAAGGCCUAGCCAUGCAUUGACUCACACUGAGAUUAUUGAAAAGGAGGCUCAAAAUAUAGCUCCUUAUUAAUGGUUCCCCCCUUGCGCCAAGUAGAGACUUCUUCCGACCUGUGAACAUUCCAGAAUCCUCUCAGCACCCUGAAACCUCUACAGAUUCCAUUGUUAUUAUGUGUGUUUUUUUGUUUUUUUUGGGGGGCUUGUUUUUGUCCAUGGACCUACCCUCGCACAGGUCUGAUGUUCCAUGGCUAGUUCGUCUCACAGUUGCACCCAGAUUAGUAUGAUCUCUUAAAAUCCUUUUUUGUAAGGUUUUAUUAUCAAUACUAGAGUAUUAUUGCAAUAGUCGUUUGCAUUCCUACUGAAGAAAUGCCUUUGUAAAGUUUUUAUUACUCAGGAUACAUGUUGAUAUUUUUGCCUCAUUGCUAUAUCUGCCAUGCCAUAAACUGUGGUUCUGAAUGUACUGGAAUAUACUGUUCAAGUAAGUUAUUUGACAAAAAAAAUAUUACUCCAUGCAUAAGUGCAAAAUAAUUGUUAAUAGAUUGUUAUGGUGCUAUGGAAAAUCUGAUGUUUUAUUUACUUAACUUAACUUUAAAUUAUAUAAUGCAUUUGCUACUCUGUCAGAUCAGAGAACAAAGUGCCAUGUUGUAUCUGAACUUGUUCAAUACAUACACACAACAUCAACUCUGUAUAUAUUGGAGUGACUGUACCUAUAUUUCCUCCAUGGGGUCCUAAAAACCUGCUUUGUGACAUCUUUGUGACAUUUCCAAAGUCUCUUAAAGACCAAAAUAGACUUUUCAUAACCUUUACAUGAUGACAUGAUGACAGUCCCCUGGGACUAGCAAGGCAUCGUUGUGUGAAAUGUGUUUUUGCAUUGUAUUGUACAGCUGGGCACUAAGGGUUGAACUUGCAUCAAUGAACUUUACCUGCCAUGUAAGGUUUAAGCCUGUGUGACAACUUAAACCUGAACAGUGGGCAUCUUUCCAACAGCAUGUUAUGUCUGCUUGUCUCAUCUUGUCCUGAACUCAAGAAAUGGUUUUAGUGAAAAGCCUCAAGCACUAAGGCUUGUCAUUGUGCUGUAUCAUGUUGUGACUGUUAACACGUAGCCACCUUUGCUCUCUGACAAUUAAUCUUUUACUCUCUGAGUUACCCUGUCGACACUGUGAAAUUGACAGACUAACAGAAUUUGACAUGUACUUGUGAUAUUUUUUUCUCAGUAUAGCCUCUUUGUCAGUUAAAAUAGUUUCAUGGAAAAAAAAUAGCUAAGCAGGUGUCCUUUACCCAGCAGAGGGGCUUAACUGGGAAUGUGCUGUAUCCUCCUAAAAAGAUAUUAAAAGUGACUUCA